ACUGGUGCCAGAAAGGAGCUAUAAAGGGACUAAGUGAACCAAUUAGCUCCAUGGUCUUUAGAGAUCUCUUGAUACCAAAACAUCUUUCUUUACAUGCUUCUCCUCUGAUCCUGUGGAGAUGAAAAUUGACAUCCAUAGUCAUAUUCUACCAAAAGAAUGGCCAGAUCUAAAAAAGCGAUUCGGCUAUGGAGGCUGGGUGCAGCUCCAACACCACAGCAAGGGAGAAGCAAAAAUGUUGAAGGAUGGGAAGGUCUUCAGAGUGGUCCAAGAGAACUGCUGGGAUCCAGAAGUCCGUAUUAGAGAAAUGGAUCAAACAGGAGUGACCGUGCAAGCCCUUUCCACAGUCCCCGUCAUGUUUAGUUACUGGGCCAAACCUCAGGACACUUUAGACCUGUGCCAGCUUUUAAACGACGACUUAGCUGCCACUGUUGCGAACCAUCCCAGGAGGUUUGUGGGCCUGGGGACAUUGCCCAUGCAGGCUCCUGAGCUUGCCGUCAAGGAGAUGGAGCGCUGUGUGAAGGAGCUGGGCUUUCCCGGGGUCCAGAUUGGUUCCCAUAUCAACGAGUGGGACCUGAAUGCACGGGAACUCUUCCCCUUCUACGCAGUGGCAGAAAAACUGAACUGUUCGUUAUUUGUGCACCCCUGGGACAUGCAAAUGGAUGGACGGAUGGCCAAAUACUGGCUCCCUUGGCUUGUAGGAAUGCCAGCAGAGACCACCACAGCCAUUUGUUCCAUGAUCAUGGGAGGAGUGUUUGAGAAAUUUCCUAAAUUGAAAGUGUGUUUUGCACAUGGAGGUGGUGCCUUCCCUUUCACAGUUGGAAGAAUCUCCCAUGGAUUCAACAUGCGUCCAGAUCUGUGUGCCCAGGACAAUCCAAUCAACCCAAAGAAAUACCUUGGUUCCUUUUACACAGACUCCUUGGUUCAUGAUCCUCUGGCACUCAAGCUCUUAACAGAUGUCAUAGGAAAGGAUAAAGUCAUUUUGGGAACGGAUUACCCCUUUCCACUAGGAGAGCUAAAACCUGGGAAAUUGAUAGAGUCCAUAGAAGAAUUUGAUGCAGAAACAAAGGAUAAACUCAAAGCUGGCAAUGCCCUCACAUUUUUGGGCCUUGAGAGAAAACAAUUCGAAUGAAUGAAUUUACUACAAAGGCAAAAAACAUUCAAAAAGAUAUUUUAUUUUUGGUUUUAAAUAUGUAUCACUCAUGCAUUACCAAAAUCUUAUUUUGAACUAUUUUACCCAGAAAUAGACUAUCCACAAAUGUUCUAAGUUACUCAUAACAAAAAUGACUCACGGAAUAUGUCUUCAUUCUGAAAAACACAGUAUUUCAUGUGCAAAUCAAAAGUGACUUUCCCAUCACUUUUUAAAUUAAUGGCAGAAAUAAAAAGCAAAAUGUCCUUAAUGAUGUAUAUGUAGAAAGACCAAAGCUCAUCCUGAAGGGCUGUUAAGUUCUCCACUUUGAAAAAGGAUAAGUGAAUAGGGCCCAAAUAACCUGUUUUCAUUCACUUUUAACACCCUCCAGUUGUACACAACUGGGCCAGGAAUGCUUUACAAUCCAAAAAAAUAAAUGAUACACAUAUUUUGUAACAUCUAGAGAGCUUAUAAUCCAAUUAAAGAGGCAAGACACAUGUUCAUGGAAUAAUUACUAAGCAAACAAUAGCAGUUAUAGAAGUUUCAGUAGGAAAAAAACUCAACUGGACUGAAUCAUGGGCAGAUCUUCACAGAACUUAGGCUGAGUCUCUAAGGAUGAACAAGCCUAGUUAGAGGAUGGGAAAUAGACAAAGAAGCAAAACUACACGAACAGGCAUUUCAGACUGAACAAGAAC